AUGAUGGGCUUCCCUGUUCCUGCGGCUGAUGGCCACCAAAUUUCCCCUGCGAACCUGUUAACCGCGCGACACACACAUAUACAUACAUACGCACAUCCCCCUCCCCUCGAACGGGAACCUGCAUUGUCCCGCACCUCGCGUCUUGUUCAUUCAUUCAUUCACCCAUCCAUAAUCCCGCGCGACGCUUCAUCAUCUUCCCCCCCUCCCCCGCAACCCGCCUCUGAUCUGAGCCAGCAAGCAAGCAAGCAGCCACCCACGACCACGACGAUGGCGACGGGACCUCCGCCCGAUUACUAUGCGAUCCUGGGCAUCCAAGAGACGGCGAAUGAGCAGCAGAUUCGCGAUGCAUACAAACGGGCCGCCCUCAAGACGCACCCCGACCGCGUCGCCACCGACUCCCCCGACCGACCCGCCCGCACCCGCAAGUUCCAGCUCGUAAACGACGCCUACUUCACCCUCUCGGACGCCUCCCGACGGCGCGAGUACGACGCCCAGCGCCGUCUCUUCCCAGGCUCCUCGUCCUCCUCGCGCAGGAAGCAGCCCGGCGGCGGCGCGUCGUCCUCCUCCUCGUACGCGGACCCCUUCGCCGACGACGAUGAGUCCGCCGCCGACGAAGAGAUCCCGCCCCAAGGCGGCGGCGGCAACGACACCGCCGGCAACGCCUACUCGUGGGCGUGGAACUUUUUCACCGGCAACGGGCGCCAAAAUCAGAACCAGAACCAGCAUCGUGGCAAUCGUCAGCAGACCGAGGACGCGCAGUUCGAAGACGUCUUCGAGGAGAUGAUGCGCGACGAGGGCAUGGCCGAGGGCGACGGAUCCAACGCCCCCACGGGCAAGUUCUGGGCCCUGCUCGGCGGCGUCAGCGGCGGCGCCCUCGGCUUCAUCGUCGCAAACGUCCCGGGCCUCGUCGCCGGCGCCGUCGCGGGCAACCGCCUAGGCGCCGUUCGCGACGCCAAGGGGAAGAGCGUCUACGCCGUCUUCCUGGAGCUGCCGCAGGAUGACAGGUCAAGGCUUCUGAGCCAGCUUGCGGCUAGAGUUUUUAGCCAUGCUGUCGGGGUGUGA